AGACCUCCCCCCUCCUCCACAACUAUAAUUCCAUUCGUGUCAAUCACCUCUAAACUCUUUAAAAACAUACAUUACUAUAUACAAAACACAUCUAUUAACUCAUUAUUAAUUCCCUUCUAUCAAUUUCUUUCUACUUCAUCCACUUCUUCUGUCCAAAUGGAAAAACAAAGUUCUACUACUCAAUUACAGGAACGUCAUUGUUGCCUUAGGAAAAGGAAUAUAAUCCUUGCUGGAUUCUACGCAGCCACACUGCUUCUUGGUGGAUUAUACAACGUAUUUGUUAAUUCUACAUUGGGCAAUUAUUUCGGAAGCUCGAAAAACUUUUUGAAUGUUUUUUUCGUCAAAAAAGGUUGGUUUUGGACGACGGUUGUCUACUUCGUUCAUGCUAUUGUUAGUUAUAAGGAUCGCUAUGACAUGCGUGUUCUUCUUCGUUAUGGAGCAGCAACAAUGUGGUGGUUCUUCAUAACUCAAUGGUUUCUUGGACCUGCCAUCACGGACAGAGCGUUUGCUUGGACUGGCGGAUCCUGCAAAGGUUACGAUAUUACUGUAUUGUCUAUCUCUCCCCGCACAUCGGCAUUAUGUCGCUCUGCUAACGGUUUGUGGCAUGGAGGUCAUGACUUGUCUGGUCAUGUCUUUCUUUUGACCCAUGCAAGUCUCUUUUUAAUUUCCGAGUUUUGGUCCACACUCUCCAAAGCGCCAUUUAAGACCAAGAGCAGUAGUACUCUUGUUGGUUUAUUGGCAUUUUGGUGGUGGAUGCUUUUCAUGACUGCAAUUCAUUAUCAUACUUUUCUUGAAAAAUUGACUGGUUUCCUUGCGGCUUUGACAGAAUGGGCCAUUAUGUAUGAUAUCGUUCCCCGUGUUCCCUUCUUGGACUCGUUAUUCGGUGUGUCUGAUAUAAAUGCGUAAGCAAGGCAUAUUUUUAAAAGACCUUAGUCAAAUUUUGAACGGCUUAUAUGAACCAACCUUGAAUUUCUUUUUCAUUUUCUCUUUCAGCCCCGUUUUUAUGUCCUACAUUUGCUUGGAAAAAAUUUAUGUCUCUUUAUUACCCUUUAUGUUCACUAUGUCUGUUUUUUCGCAAUCAUUUUUUCAUUGUGAAACGAAAAACUCUUAGUAAUUUGUAUCUCUUAACUACAGACAACAAAAAUAUCAAGGAAUUUCUGUUCUUGCUGCACCAUGCGUUUCUACAAUCAUGUGUAUCUUUGAAUUCUUGCACAUUAUGAACGAAAACCUUUUUUAAUACGCUAAAGAAUGAAAAUUACUCAAUUAUUUUCGAAGCUUCUUUCCGUUUUGAUCCAACUCUCUUUCGUGUUUCUCACUAGUGAAUCAUCUUUCUGAGAUUAUUCCCGUUCUCUGCAUUUUUGUUGCUUGGUCUUGUUUUCAUAAAGCACCACCACCCA